AUGGAAGCGGUCGUGGAAGCCAUGGACAACCAAGGCAUCCCUACUCAGUACAUAAAGGUACUUCGAGAGUUGUACAGUAACUUCACGACCGGAAUUUCGCCAUUCUACAAGAACAUCAUCAUUGACGUGAAAAGGAGGGUCCGACAGGGUGAUACAAUUUCACCCAAAAUAUUCACAGCCACCCUUGAGAACGCAAUGCGAAAGUUGGAAUGGGACGACAUGGGAGCGAAGGUUGAUGGUCAGCAGCUACAUCAUUUGCGCUUUGCUGAUGACAUCGUACUGAUAAUACCUAGCAUCAGCCAAGCGGAACGAAUGCUGACCGAAUUCGACGAAACUUGUGGAUGCAUCGGUCUUCAGCCGAAUCUACAAAAGACGAUGUUCUUGCGGAAAGAAUGGUUCUCGGAUGCCCCAUUCACGCUCAACGGAACGAACAUAUCCGAAUGCACCAGCUAUGUUUAUCUGGGUCGGGAAUUGAACAUGAUGAACAACAUGACAUCCGAGCUGGGCAGGAGGAGACGAGUGGCUUGGGGAGCGUAUAAGAGCAUCGAGGAUGUAGUGAAGAAGAUUAGGAACGCCCGGCUCCGUGCUCACCUUUUCAACACCACCGUACUUCCUGCUUUGACCUAUGCUUCGGAAACCUGGGCAUUUUCGCAAGCAGGAGGAAAACUCGGUGAGCGUCAUUGA